GCCCCUACGCCCACACCAGGGAACGACAACAAGGAACUUGUGGCCUCCCUUAAGGGAGUAACUCUGUCUAGUCAGCUCCUGACAGGGGACUGUGUGACACGAUUCCUCCCUAACUACGAAGCACAAGAGACCUACAACAGCCUGAAUCCUUCUGUGAAAGUGAAGGAAGAGAUUCCAGAGGAGGAGGAGGUGAACACUGUCAGCUCGGAGAUCCGGCGCCAGCGCUUCAGGCGGUUCUGCUACCAGGAGGCCGAGGAACCCCAAGAGAUCUUUAGCCAUCUCCGAGAACUUUGUUACGAGUGGUUGAAGCCACAAAGCUGCACCAAAGAGCAGAUCCUGGAGGUGCUGAUCUUGGAGCAGUUCUUGAACAUCCUUCCCUCAGAAAUGCAGAGCUGGAGUCUGGACCCUUUUUGGGAGGUGACUGUCAACUCCCCCUUCUCAGAGCAGGAUCCACAGGACAUGGUGAAGGCACGGCUUCCCACAGAGACCACUCAUGAGGAGGAGGAGGAGGCGGAGGAGGCAUGCUUGCUUGCUAAUGCACAAAUGAAGGCAAAAGUAGAGAAUCUUCCAUUGCAAAGAUCUGAGCUAGUGGAGCUUAACAAGACAUUGCUGGGAAAAGCCAAAGGGAAUAUCUUCCUGUUUCGUGAUGAGACAGAAGUGUCUUUAAAUCAGCAGGGAUUAGAAACACCAGAGGGAAACCCUCCAGAAAAGACAAUUUUGCUUUGCACAGUUGACCAAAGUUUACAUGGCAGUACAGUGAGAGAAGGCAUCCUCAAGCAUAAGAGAAGAAACUCAUGCACAGAGUGUAAAAAUCUCCGUCAGAGCUCUGACAGUCCAAAGAAUCGGGGAAUGCAAAUAGAAGAUUUGUAUAUAUGCACACAAUGUGGGAAAACGUAUCAAAAUGAGGCAUCCCUCGCUGCACACAGAGGGACUUCCACAAGAGACAAACCAUAUCACUGCUUAGACUGUGGCAAAGGCUUUGGCUGGAAGUCCUCCCUCAUUACGCACAACAGGACCCACACUGGCGAGAAACCCUACGAGUGUUCGGACUGCGGGAAAAGCUUCAGCAUUAACUCUCAGCUCGCAAGGCACAAAAGGAUCCACACGGGCGAAAAGCCCUAUCACUGCGCCGACUGUGGCCGGAGCUUCAAUCAGAUUGCGUCACUCAUCUCCCACAAGAGGACCCACACGGGAGAGAAGCCCUACGAAUGCUCCGAAUGUGGGAAGUAUUUCGGCACGAGGACGACUCUCAUCAUGCACAGACGGGUGCACACGGGAGAGAAGCCAUAUCGGUGUGUAAACUGCGGGCAGAGCUUCAGUCAGAGGACACAUCUGGUCAUACAUGAGAGGACCCACACGGGAGAGAAACCGUACAAGUGCUCCCAGUGUAAUAAAUGCUUCUCUCAGCACAGCAGCCUAACCAAACAUCAAAAGAUUCACACAGGGAAGAAGCUGUACAAGUGCUUGGAGAGUGGAAAAUGCUUUAUACAGAAUGCCCACCUAACUAGACACCAGGAGGUUCACACAGGGGAGAAGCCAUAUAAAUGCUUGGAGUGUGGAAAGUGCUUCUCUCAGAAUGGCUGCCUAAUGAGACAUCAAAUGAUUCACACAGGGGAGAAGCCAUAUAAAUGCUUGGAAUGUGGAAAGUGCUUCUCUCGGAAUGGCAAUCUAACUGCACAUCAAGGAAUCCACACAGGGGAUUUGCCAUAUAAAUGCUUGGAGUGUGGAAAGUGCUUCCCUUGGAAAGCUGACCUAACUAAACAUAAAAACAUUCACACAGGAGAGAAGCCAUAUAAAUGCUUAGAGUGUGGAAAAUGCUUCUCUCAGAAUGCCCGCCUACAAAGACAUGAAAAGGUUCAUGCAGGGGAGAAGCCAUAUAAAUGCUUGGAGUGUGGAAGGUGUUUCUCUUGGAAAUUUGUUCUAACUAAACAUCAAAAGGUUCACACAUGGGAGAAGCCAUAUAAAUGCUUGGAGUGCGGAAAGUGCUUCUCUCAGAAUUUCAACCUAACUAGACAUCAGAAGGUUCACACAUGGGAGAAACCGUAUAAAUGCUUGGAGUGUGCUAAAUGCUUAUAUAAUAUCACCACAUAUGGCAGCAACCAAAGGCAGAUGAAGAAGAAGGCCACUGAGUUGGGAAGAGUUAAGCCCGUGGGGAUCAGUAGACUGUCAUUCAAAAGCACUGAAGGGAAGCCAUCGCUGAGUUCUGAGGUGGAAGGGUGUCCUGAAAGCCAACAGAGACCCAAAAGGUGCCAGAAAAGCCCACCACGGAAGAUGGCCAAAAAAUCCUUUCCUUGUGAGGAUGGUGACUCUGGCAUGUGCAAAAUUGUUGCCCCAGAAGGAAUCCGCAGGAGUAAGAGAAACAGCAUCCACGGAAAAACAUUCCCUCAGAACUUUGGCUUUCUAAAUAAUCAGAAAAUACAAGCAAAGGAAGACUUGUAUAAAUGCUCCCGCUGUGGGGAAACCUUUCGCAGUAGAGCCUUCCUUGUUACACACGAGAGAACGCACACAGGAGGGAAACCAUACAAAUGCACAGAGUGUGGGAGAAGCUUUAAUUAUAAAUCAAAUCUUAGUAGGCAUAAGGGGAUUCACUUAGGCGAAAAAGCGCAUAAGUGCUCAGUUUGUGGGAAAAAGUUUGGAUACAGAGCACUACUUGUGGUACAUGAGAGGACCCACACGGGGGAGAGGCCCUAUGGAUGCCCAGACUGUGGAAGGAGCUUUAAUCAGCUAGCAAACCUUGGUAAGCACCAGAGGACCCAUACAGGUGAGAAGCCGUACGAAUGCUCGGAGUGUGGGAAAAGCUUUGCUACCAAGGGGAAUCUUCAAAAGCACAUGAUGACCCACACGGGAGAGAAACCAUACGAAUGCUCAGACUGCGGGAAGACUUUCAGCCUGAAAGGGCAACUCAUUUCGCACUCACGGACCCACACAGGAGAGAAACCCCACCAGUGCUCAGACUGUGGAAAGAGGUUUGGGGAUAAAACCGCUCUUACCAUGCACCAGAGAACUCAUACAGGUGAAAGACCAUACAAAUGCUCAGCCUGUGGAAAAAGCUUCAGUAAGAAGCAGGGCCUUUCUGUGCACAAUAGAACCCAUACAGGAGAAAGACCAUACAAAUGCUUGGAUUGUGGGAGAGGCUACAGCCAGAGGUCAAAUUUUGUUCAUCACAAGAGAAUCCAUACGGGAGAGAAACCAUAUCAAUGCACAGAGUGUGACAAGAGCUUCAGUUUUAAAGUAUCCUUCGUUCACCAUAGAAGAACCCAUACAGGGGAGAAGCCAUACGAGUGCUCAGAGUGUGGGAAACGAUUCAGGCGCAAGCACCAUAUCAUGAAGCACGAGAAGAUCCACACGGGAGAGAAGCCAUUUUCCUGCCCAGACUGUGACAAAUGUUUUAAUGACAAAGGCAGCCUGCGUCUGCACAAGAGAACUCACACCGGAGAGAAGCCAUAUGAUUGCUCUGAAUGUGGCAAAAGCUUUCGUUACAAGCAAUAUCUUGUUGUACAUGAAAGGACUCACACGGGAGAGAAACCCUAUAAGUGUACAGACUGUGGCCAUAGCUUCAGUCAGAGCUCGAACCUUGUGGUGCAUAGGCGGUCCCAUACUGGGGAAACGCCAUACAAAUGUUCAGACUGCGGUAAACGUUUCAGGUAUAGCACUGUUCUCGCAGAACAUAAGAGAACGCACACGGGAGAGAAACCAUAUAAGUGUUUAGAGUGUGGGAAAAAGUUCUCCAGGCAGCUUCAUGUGUUCGUUCAUAAGAGGACCCACACGGGUGAGAAACCAUAUAAAUGCUCCGAGUGUGGGAAGUGCUUCAGUACAAACUGUAACCUCAUGAAGCACACGAGAGUCCACACAGGUGAGAAGCCGUAUAAAUGCUUGGACUGCGGGAGAAGCUUCAGUGACAAAGCCUCCCUUAUCGUACAUGAAAGAACCCACACAGGGGAGAAACCCUAUGAGUGCCCAGAGUGUGGGAAAAGCUUCACCUCGAGCUCCAACCUCAUAACGCACAAAAGGGUCCACACGGGUGAGAAACCUUACAAAUGCUCUGAGUGCGGGCAAAGCUUUGUCCACAGGCCUCAGCUUGUCAUACAUCUCCGGACGCACACAGGGGAGAAGCCAUACGAAUGCCUAGAGUGUGGCAAAAGCUUCAAUCAGAAAGCCGAUCUCAUUAUCCAUGGUAGGACCCAUACGGGAGAAAAGCCAUACGAAUGCACUGAGUGUGGGAAGAGCUUCAUUUCUAGCUCGUACCUUAGGAAACACGAAAGGCUGCACACAGGAAAGAAAGCUCAAGCUGGGGAAGAAACACACAAAUGUACGUACUGCCGAAAAAGCUUCAUCAGCCGAUCCAAACUUCUCAUCCACGAGCGAACACACACAGGGGAGAAACCAUUUGAGUGUGGUGAGUGCGGGAAAAGCUUCAGCACGAGCUCAAACCUUGUCAAUCACAAAAGGGUACACACGGGAGAGAAACCCUACCAGUGUUUAGAUUGCGGGCAGAAGUUCAGUACUAACUCGAACCUCGUCAAUCAUAGGAGGGUACACACAGGAGAGAAACCUUAUGAGUGCUCGGAUUGCGGACAAAGCUUUGGUCAUAAAGCAUCACUUAGGAGGCACAAGAGAAUCCAUGCAAGAGAGACGACCACUUGAAUGCUUGGACUCCACAUAAGGCGUUGAUUCCAACUCUCUGCAUAAAUUAGAG